AUGACUUCACUUUCAGAACUCAACGACGAUAUAGUUCGCAGCAUGUCAAUCGGAGCCGUCUUCUCGGAUUUUGGUGGAAAAAUAAAUUCCAUUGAUUUUCAUAGGACGGCUGAUUUAUUAGUAACAGCUAGUGACGAUGAUUCAGUGCGACUUUAUGACAUCAUGAGUGCCAAGUUGCUAAAAACAACUUAUCACAAGAAGCAUGGAGCUGAUAGGAUAUGCUUUACUCACCACCAGAGUUCUGUUAUUUGCUCUUCAAGGCAUAAUUUGGAUUCUAACGGAGAAAUAUUGCGGUAUCUAUCUAUGUAUGACAAUAGGUGCCUUCGUUACUUUAAGGGUCACAAAGAGAGGGUUGUGUCCCUCUGCAUGUCUCCAGUCAACGACAGCUUCAUGUCUGGUUCACUUGACCAUAGCGUCCGGAUAUGGGAUGUUCGCGUAAAUGCUUGUCAGGGAAUUUUACAUCUACGAGGUAGGCCUACUGUUGCUUAUGAUCAACAAGGCCUUGUCUUUGCUGUGGCUAUGGAAGGAGGUGCCAUCAAAUUAUUUGAUUCUAGAUCAUAUGACAAGGGUCCCUUCGACACUUUUCUAGUUGGUGGAGAUACUGCCGAGGUCAGUGAUAUUAAAUUCAGCAAUGAUGGUAAAUCAAUGCUUUUGACAACAACAAACAACAAUAUUUACAUCCUCGAUGCAUAUGCAGGAGAGAAGAAAUGUGGGUUUAGUGUGGAUCCUUCCACGGAUACAACAAUAGAGGCAACGUUUACCCCUGAUGGUCAAUAUGUGGUUUCUGGUUCUGGGGAUGGAAAUCUGCAUGCAUGGAGAAUCGAUACACCGGACAAGGUGGCAUCCUGGGAUAGCUACAUAGGUGUCGCAUCUUGCCUAAAAUGGGCACCUCGUAGAGUCAUGUUCGCUGCUGCAUCUUCGGUACUCACUUUUUGGAUACCAAACGACAGUAAGACAACCGUGGAACCUGGAGCUUUGCAUCCGGAAAUGGGAGGUCAACCUGAGCAAAUUACUCUAAAAUGA